UUGUUCAGUUUUCAACCCAAUUAUUGGUUACAAUCUCAGGGUUUCAUCGCUUUGGCUCAAGCUCCAUCCUCAUUGAUUGAAUGGCGUGGUUUGGAUGCGCAAAAUGACAGGAAAGAACCAUCUGCGGCACCUGUUUGUAUAGUUCUAGAGCCGACAAAGGAGUUGAUUGAGCAAACACAUGAGAACUUAAUCAAAUUCUCGAAAAAUGUCAGCGAUCCGAAGAUUAGAUGUGUUUCCUUAGCGGCAGGAAUGAAUAUGUCGCAGUUGUUGCAUGAGCUCGAUAAAGGUGUUGAUAUCGUUACUGGAGGAGUUGGAAGAAUUUUGGAUAUGAUAGAAACCCAUAAGUUGUCGACGAAUGGACUUAAUUUCAUCGUUAUUGAUGAAGCGGAUCAAAUCCUGUCCUCUUUUAAACAGCAACUUGAACGAUUUUUGGCUAAGAUCCCUACUGUAUCUUCAAAUGGAAUGCGCCUACAAGUGAUUGCUUGCUCAGCUACGCUGCAUAACAUGCAGAUUACCCAAUUUGCUGACAAAUAUAUGAAUUUUCCACAAUGGAUUGAUCUGAAGGGCAUGGACAGUGUAGCUGAGACAGUACAUCAUGUCGUAUGCUGGGUAGAUCCCAUUAAUGACAAGCAAUGGAUUAGAAUUAUGCAUAGUCCUAACCAUCUGCAGGUAAGUUGA